GUCCGGGUUUCUGUGAAGCGUUGGGUGGUUUAGUUCCUCUGAGUAGAGCUUACAGUGUUAUUUAAGAUGCAGUUCAUGCUCUUGUUCAGUCGGCAAGGCAAGCUGCGGCUUCAGAAAUGGUACGUGCCUUUAUCGGAUAAAGAGAAGAAGAAGAUCACCCGAGAGCUGGUGCAAACUGUCCUGGCCCGAAAGCCCAAAAUGUGCAGCUUUUUAGAGUGGAGAGAUCUCAAGAUUGUAUAUAAAAGAUAUGCCAGUCUGUACUUCUGCUGUGCUAUCGAGGGCCAGGAUAAUGAGCUGAUCACUCUGGAGAUCAUUCACAGAUACGUGGAACUGCUGGACAAAUACUUUGGCAGUGUUUGUGAGCUGGACGUUAUAUUCAACUUUGAGAAAGCCUACUUCAUUCUAGAUGAGUUCCUUCUUGGUGGUGAGGCUCAGGAGACAUCAAAGAAAAAUGUGUUAAAGGCCAUAGAACAGGCUGACCUACUACAGGAGCCCCGUCAUGAGUACUUUAACGUGCCUGUGUACUGACUGGCCCCCUCUGCUGGUGCUGCUGCUGCUUCAUAUCUGCAUGACUGAGCUCCUCUCUGCUCCCUCUGUGUUCAUGGUGGAGGGUCAGCACAUGGCAGAUCUCAAACAACACUGUCACCUGGUGAAAAUUACACUUUUGCAGUUAUUUAAACUCAUAUUAAAUUAAAUGAUAUAUCUAUAUUCUGAUAAUCAAUCAAUUUUAAUACUAUAACGAUGAUUGGACGGUUGGUAUCCAUUUUUGUCAGUUGUUCCCUGAAUUAUAAAACCUUGUGACAAAGAGCACAAAGUUCUACUCAUAUCUAAAUAUCACAAGGCUACUAAGAAUAACUUGUGGCAGUGUUGUUGAUGCUUGUCACUAAAUGCUUGUCAUUAAAUGUUCCCUUGAACUUUUCUAUAUUGUUUGUCAUCACUGUAAAACUGCAAGUUGCAUCAUGUGUCAUCUUAAAAACAUUUUAUUUACACAUGAUUUCGCCAAACCACUGAGGAUGUAACAUGAUUCAACUUAUCAUAUUUUUGUUACAUGUUUUGUAUUUUGUGUUUGGUCAUUUUAGGUAAAUGGGAUAUAGGUUAUAAAAGUAUGACUAUCUUCCAUACUUAAAAUACUUAUGUUGUUUAUGAGGAUUGAAAUAUUUGUUUAGAUUCAUUUGAUUAGCUUAAUAUUUAGAAAUACAUGUACAUUUUUGGUUUGUCGCUUUCAUUUUACUCAUUAACAGUGUGUGAAUUCAAGCUGUAUUUAUGUUUUUGGAGCAAACCUGCAGUACAUCAAGCACUAAACUUUUACUAAUUUGAGUAGCAAUAUUCAGACUGUAACGGCAUGUAAUACUAGGUUAUUGCUCUGUACUUAGACUAGUUAUAAUUAGUUAUACAUUGAGCGAUCCAACAAAUGCCACAAAAUUGAGAUUACUAAGCUUUAUUUAUCUAGAUUUUAAAUGCACUUUGACAAAACACUGUAUUCUGUGUCCAACGUAAAACAGUGCAAUAGCUGACCAUGAUAACUGUCUGAUAACUAUAUAAUAUUCAAAUAAAUGUUUUUAUUAAAUGAAAUGUAACUCACGCAUGUGUUGUUUCUUUAAAACUGCAUUUGUAAGUAUGGUGGUUGUAGUCUCCUUUGUCCCCUGGGUGACUGUCUGGUGCGUCUUCUUUAUUUUCUGCUGAACCUUGCUGUAGGACUCCAAAGUAAGUACUUCUUUUCUUCUCGCUGCAUUGUCC